GGCGCCGUCGGGGCCGCGCUGACGGCACCGCUCUCCGCAGUGCACGGACUGGCGGCCGGAGCGGGCGGCCCGGAGGCCGGCUCCAAGUCCCCGGAGCCGUCGGCCGACGAAUCGCCCGACAACGAGAAGGAGGCGGCGGGCGGAGGGGACGCGGGGAAGAAGAGGAAGAGGAGGGUGCUCUUCUCCAAGGCGCAGACCUACGAGCUGGAGCGCCGGUUCCGGCAGCAGCGGUACCUGUCGGCGCCGGAGCGGGAGCAUCUGGCCAGCCUGAUCCGCCUGACGCCCACCCAGGUGAAGAUCUGGUUCCAGAACCACCGCUACAAGAUGAAGCGGGCCCGGGCCGAGAAAGGUAUGGAAGUGACUCCUCUCCCCUCCCCGCGGCGGGUGGCCGUGCCGGUCCUGGUGCGGGACGGCAAGCCCUGCCACACGCUCAAAGCUCAGGACUUGGCGGCCGCCACCUUCCAGACGGGCAUCCCCUUCUCCGCCUAUAGCGCCCAGUCCCUCCAGCAUAUGCAAUACAACGCCCAGUACAGCGCGGCCGGCAGCCCCCAGUACCCCACAGCGCACCACUUGGUACAGGCGCAGCAAUGGACUUGGUGA